AUGAUGCACAAGUUUUUAUUUAUCUUUACCUCUGUAAAAGAUUACACUUGUCCGGAUUUACAAGCACCUUUGAAUGGAGCCAAGGCAUGUGAGACGUGGCUAAAGGGCAUGUUUUGCACCGUGCACUGCAAUGAAGGUUUCGGGUUCGUUGUUCAACCAGAAGCACUGUAUGUGUGUAGUCCUAAGGGAAUCUGGAUAAAUGCAGGGAAAGAAACGCCCAGUCUUCCCGACUGCUCAAAAACUCACAUGCCCAAGGAAGCCGUGGUAAAUGGAGAUGUACAUUAUCUAGCUGACAAGUGCGGCGGGGAGAGCGUGAACGAAGUCAUCGCCGGCAAUUUUAUAAACCUUUUCAGAAACUCGCCAUUUGGUAUGGCUGGAGGCUGCAACGGGAAAUGCACGAUCGACAACGUGGGGGUUGAAUGCGGAAACCAAACUGAAGCACGUAGGAGAAGAGACGCACCUGAUGGCAAGCAAGCUUCUAAAAUUUCUCUUACCGUGCAUUUUUCUUUAAAAGUACCGUUACCAAGCAACGCCUCUUUAUUUGACCUCAACCAGACCAGUCAACAAAUAUCAAAUAACCUGCUCGAGGCAUUGAACGAAACAGACCUGACAUUGAACAUCAACGGAGUCAUUAUAGUAUAUGAUUCAUCAAAGCCGCCAGUGUUUCGGCUUACCAGUCUUGUUUGUAGUGAAGGACAAGUCCAAAGAGGGCCAAGAUGUGUAAACUGUCCACUUGGAUAUUUCUUUAACACUUCUGGCUGCCAGGCAUGCGCAGUGGAUGAAUACCAAGAUCAAGAGGCCCAGACGUCAUGUUUAUCCUGUCCAUCCGGGACAACAACCUUCGGACAGACAGCAUCAAAGUCGCGCAAAAAUUGUCAAGAAAUUCCCAGCCCCUCCAGCACUGAGAAGCAAGGUUUCUCCAAGCCAAUUCUAUAUACAAUCAUUGGCGGAAUAGGAGCCGGCAUAUUUAUUGGGUUGAUUGGUAUCACCAUCUUUUGUGCGAAGAAACACUGUGUUGCUGGCAAAACAAUGUCACGAAAAGAAAGACGUACUUACCCGUACCCAGUGGAUGACGAUAUGGGACGCAGCAACCCAACAUAUGUUGGUAGUGAAACUACUCAAACGAAGGAUCCAUUUCCUGUAGAAAUGUGUGAAUUAUAGAAGCGCGGUCUUUGUUUCGACAAUGUGAAUUACCUUUCGCAAGAUGAUGCACAAGGCGCACCUAAUAAUGAUUUCAGAAGACUUAAUUUCAACCAGUCAGAGGUGUAGACUGCAUAAAAGGCUGUUUUUCUACUCUUUGCCUCUAACAUCUUGGCUGAUAUAUAUCAGGACAAGUACGUAUACAAUUAUAGGCGAUAACACCAGUUGCAUAUAUGUGUGGAAUUAUGAAAACCGAGUCAAUUUCAACAUAACGAUCCUGCCUCUUUUUCAAGAAACUAUACAGUCCUUUUCAAUCAAUCAAUCACAGGCAGUCUGUCACCACACACCCUACUUACCCACGUUGCUUGUGUGCGGUGCCUGGCUUCCGAUCCCUGAGCCUACACAGCACGCCGGGUAGUUGUCCUGCAAAGAAAAUGACCAGUUUUACUGACAACAAUGCUCCUCUCUAGUCGUCCCCCCCCCCCCCCCCUCCCCCCCUUUCCCCGCUAACUCUCGCUGGGCCUAGGCCAUUGGCCCUUGGUAUCAGUUGUUUGCCAGGAACCUGGGCUGUCUGCCCCAACCCUCCUUGACGGAACCCUACCUGGCUUUGCCCCAAUUUUUACACGUUUUCUAUAAAUCCAAACAUUAAAAAGCGGAGAUUUUAACUACUUGUUUUAGCAUUAAGGUUAAUGUUAAAAAACUAAUUGAUCUGUUUACUUUUUUGUGAACUUUUAUCGAUGCUCCUACUAGCGGCAUUACAGCAGCUUUUUGAAUUGGCUGUUUACAGUAAGGCGAAAUUAAAUGUCCACAUACUGGAAUCUGCCAUGUUUAACCUCCUAUAACAACUGUGUUAUUCUUAUUGAUCAGUUGCUUCAACAACAACAACAACAACAACAACUCUAUUUAGGUGAUACAUUUACUCAUUAUCCUAACGUACGUGCAUGUCUUGACUCAAUCAAGACGAUCAAUUAAAAAAAAAGCUAAGAAUUCACACCACCUCUCAAAGAAUGAUAGCGUCAUUAAACAGGACGGAGGAUCGAGACAGUCACUCGAAUUUUAGCUUAGUUUGAUUGUUUGCUUCUUUGUUUGCUCGCUUGUGUUCUUUAAACCAUCUCGAUUGUUAGACCCAUUUCAUGAAACGCUUUCUCUAAACUGACAAGAACUCUUAACAGUGGGCACUCUUACUUAAGUUAUUUGGCAUUGUGUAUCUUAAAACUCUUAAUCCUUGAUCUAGUUCAAAGGUAUAAGCCAAUAGAACUGAGUUCAAUAGGAGUAGGGAUUUAAAACUUAUGUUCUCCUGUACGUUGUUACUUUGAAUACCAAUAAAGAAAUUUUAUAACGAACCUU